GACAACCACCACCUCAAAAACGUGUUUCAAAUAUAUUAGGUAGAAUCGAAAAUAUGUUAAAACCGUUUGAACAAUAUACGAAACAAUAUCUUGUGCCACACAUUGAAGGAGAACCAUAUGAAGAAGAUGAGGAACGAUGA